AUUAUUUCAGUGUUAUUUAUGGCUAUGGUAAAAGGAGGAAAACUUUUUUGAAAAAGAAAAAAGGGAAAAAGGGACAGCUUUUGCGUAUAAAUUCUGGUGACCAGUAUCUUGCCCUCUUUGCACAAAACCCUUACUACCAACACAAUCAAAUCCAACGAACUCUUCAUUUUUUCCCAAAACCGAAAAGCUGUUCCAAUUCUCUCUGUUUUUACACCAAAAACAAAGCAAAACAGAAAUCUGUUGGCCGUUUUCUCGUUUUUCAUCUAACCGAGCAAAAGCCAACGUCUACGAUUACGGCAAAGGCAUUGAACCUGUUGGAUCGGUGGCUGGCGCGGCGGCUAUGGGAGACAUUGGGAGGAGUAGAAGAGUAAGAGAUGAGAGGUGCGCUACGAUGGCGAAUGAGGAAGAGUACGAGGUUGAGGACUUCAGAGAAGGAAACAAAUCGUCGAGAGGAAGCAGAUUUAAUCUGAUAGCUAAUGAGCUUGGAUUGGUCGCCGCUCGUGCUCGGAUGAAUUUAAGUCGGCAGUCUGUACUCAAUGGGAUCAAAGACCUCUCCGAUGGCCCUAUUCAUCCCGAUAACAGGUGGUAUCGAGCAUGGACCAAGUUCAUACUAAUAUGGGCGUUGUACUCUUCCUUCUUUACUCCUUUCGAGUUUGGAUUCUUCAGGGGAUUGCCAGAAAAUCUUUUUGUACUAGACAUUGCAGGACAAAUAGCUUUCCUUCUCGACAUUAUUUUGCAUUUCUUCCUUGCCUAUAGAGACCCCCAGACCUACAGAAUGGUCUAUAAGCGAACUUCUAUUGCUAUUCGGUACUUGAAAUCUAGUUUUCUCAUUGAUUUACUUGGUUGUAUGCCUUGGGAUAUAAUCUACAAGGCUUCUGGAAGAAAAGAAGAAGUGAGGUAUCUCUUGUGGAUUAGGUUAUACCGGGUUCACAAAGUCACGGCUUUCUUCAGAAAGAUGGAGAAGGAUAUACGGAUUAAUUAUCUUUUUACAAGGAUUAUAAAACUUAUUUUUGUUGAACUCUAUUGCACACAUACAGCCGCUUGUAUCUUUUACUAUUUGGCUACCACACUGCCUCGUGAAAAAGAGGGAUACACAUGGAUUGGAAGCUUAAAGUUGGGAGAUUAUAGUUAUUCUAGCUUCAGAGAAAUUGAUUUGUGGAAGCGGUACACAACUUCAAUGUAUUUUGCUAUUGUCACAAUGGCUACAGUUGGUUAUGGAGACAUACAUGCAGUCAAUAUGAGGGAAAUGAUAUUCAUAAUGAUAUAUGUCUCCUUUGACAUGGUUCUUGGUGCCUAUCUCAUUGGUAACAUGACAGCGUUAAUAGUAAAAGGAUCCAAGACAGAGAAGUUCAGAGAUAAAAUGGCAGAUGUUAUUAAGUAUAUGAACAGAAAUAAACUUGAUAGGGAUCUCCGUAAUCAGAUCAAAGGCCACUUGCGUUUACAGUACGAAAGCACAUACACUGAGGCUGCCGUUCUUCAGGAUAUUCCCAUCUCUAUCAGAGCUAAGAUUUCCCAAUCUUUAUAUCUGCCAUACAUUGAAAAUGCAUCUCUUUUCAAGGAAUGCUCUUCAGAGUUUAUUAAUCAGAUUGUUAUUAGACUCCAUGAAGAAUUUUUUCUCCCAGGAGAAGUAAUAAUGGAACAGGGAAAUGUUGUGGAUCAACUUUAUUUUGUCUGUCAUGGUGUGCUGGAGGGGAUUGCUAUAGGGGAAGAUGGAUCAGAAGAGACUGUUUCGCUUCUGGAACCCAAUAGCUCAUUUGGAGAAAUUUCUAUUCUCUGCAACAUCCCUCAGCCUUAUACAGUUCGGGUUUGUGAAUUAUGUAGGCUUCUGCGAUUGGAUAAGCAAUCAUUCUCAAAUAUCCUCGAGAUAUAUUUCUAUGAUGGAAGGAAAGUUUUGAACAACCUUUUGGAGGGAAAAGAAUCCAAUCUCCGAGUUAAGCAACUGGAAUCGGACAUCUCAUUUCACAUCGGAAGACAAGAAGCUGAGCUAGCUUUGAGGGUGAACUGUGCUGCAUAUAAUGGAGAUUUUUAUCAGCUCAAAAGUUUGAUACGAGCAGGAGCUGAUCCUAACAAAACCGAUUAUGAUGGAAGAUCUCCCUUGCAUCUUGCUGCAUCGAAAGGGUAUGAAGAUAUUACAAGUUUCCUUAUUCGACAUCCGGUAGAUAUCAAUCUUAAAGAUAAGUUCGGGAAUACACCCUUGCUAGAAGCAAUAAAAAAUGGACACGACAAUCUUGCUGCUUUACUAAUUAAAGAAGGAGCUUCCUUAAACAUAGAUGAUGCUGGUAGUUAUCUGUGUACGGCAGUGGCAAAGGGGGACUCAGACUUUUUGAGAAGGCUUUUGUCUAAUGGAGUUGAUCCUAACUCUAGAGAUUACGACCAUCGAACCCCCCUUCAUGUAGCUGCCUCUGAGGGCUUAUAUAUAAUGGCAAAGCUUUUGAUAGAGGCUGGGGCUAGUGUUUUUUCCAAAGACAGAUGGGGAAACACUCCACUUGAUGAAGCCCGGAUGUGUGGCAACAAGAAUUUGAUCAAGUUACUGGAAGAUGCAAAAUCUACUCAGUUAUCAGAACUCCCUCAUUGCUCAAAAGAAUUUACAGAUAAAAUACACCCAAAAAAAUGUACGGUUUUUCCUUUCCACCCCUGGGAUGCUAAAGAUCAGAGGAGACAUGGAAUUGUAUUAUGGGUUCCUCACACAAUGGAAGCGCUUGUUACAACUGCCGCCGAGCAGCUAGACUUAGCAGGUGCUUCUUGUAUGUUAACUGAAAAUGGAGGUAAAAUUCUUGAUGUGGACAUGAUAAAUGAUGGAGAAAAGCUGUAUUUGAUUGGUGGAACGCAUUAGCUGGUCAGAUAUGGUCAUUUGAUUUAGUUUUUUUUCUUUUCUAUUACCUUACAAAAUUGGGGGGGGGGGGGGGGAUUAUAUCAAUAGGGUAGCUUUAGUCAUUAUGGUGUCAAACAAGGAGCCUUAACCGCUGUUCUCUUGUAAAGUUGGCGAUUGUGAUUUAGUUACAAACAAUGUCACCGCUUUGUUUUUGUACCACGUCCAGUCUCCCCUUGUAAAUGAUUUAGCUGUUAGUAAAGAUGUUAAGUUUCUAGUUGGUCACCCUUUUAGGAGGUGACAUCCAAUAAAUCUGAGUUCUUUCUUA